AUGGGCUGUUUGGUGUCAAAACCCGCCGAGGCGGACAAGGAAGCUUUACAGCGCAAUGCUCGAAUUGAGCGUGCUCUCAAGAGCGACAAAAAAGCCAUGGAUCGGACAAUCAAAAUUCUGUUAUUAGGUGCGGGGGAGUCUGGUAAAUCCACAAUUAUCAAGCAGAUGCGAAUCAUUCAUUCUCGGGGUUUCCCUAACGAAGAGCGCUAUCAAACACGAGCGGUCAUUUACUCAAACAUAGUGAUUGCUUUCAAGGUGUUGCUGGAUAUCAUGAACGCAGAAAACAUAGCAUAUGAGCACGAGAAAACAAAGGUAAGGCCGGAGUCCGAGGAUCCCCGACAGCGUGAGGACGAAGCUGACCGCAUGGGUGUGAAGACGGCGGGGGCUCUACUAGACAAUACCGAACCCGAUGUCGGAUCAGAUGAGGCUUUUUCAGAUUUGAGAAUUCGCGAUGCCAUGAGGGAGAUGUGGCUCGAUGCAGGGGUUCAAAAAGCCGUCGCGCGAGGGCACGAGUUUGCCCUGCACGACAAUUUAAGCUAUUUCUACAAUUCAUUGGACCGGAUAUUCGCAAAUGGAUGGCUGCCUGACGAUCAGGAUAUGCUCCAAGCUCGACUUCGAACAACCGGUAUCACCGAGACUCUAUUCGAACUUGGCCAGAUGAGCUUCCGCAUGAUGGACGUCGGUGGGCAGCGAUCAGAACGAAAGAAGUGGAUCCACUGCUUCGAAGGGGUGCAAUGCUUAUUGUUCAUGGUUGCCCUAUCUGGGUACGAUCAAUGUCUCGUGGAGGACCAGAACGCGAAUCAAAUGCACGAAGCCAUGAUGCUGUUCGAAUCACUCGUCAACGGGGAAUGGUUCAAGCGAAAACCGAUCAUCCUCUUUCUCAACAAAACCGAUCUCUUCAGAGCAAAGCUCACCAUUUCAGCGGUCUCUGAACACUUCCCCGACUACACAGGCUCUGACACUGAUUUCAACGCUGCCGCACGAUACUUCGCCGAUCGAUUUCGUGGUAUCAACCGCAUCCCUGAUCGUGAAAUUUACAUUCACCAAACUACUGCCACGGACACCACCCUGUUGAAACAAACCAUGGAUUCAGUCCAGGACAUGAUCAUUCAAAAGAAUCUUCAUACCCUCAUACUAUGA